AUGGGCAUCUUAGUUCUUGCCCUUACUAAGCUUUCAGUGUCCUAUCCAAACCUCCCUCACAGUCUCUGCACGUGGACUGAUUAUACUCCGUAUCGCCCUGAAGUGACUUCUGCGGCAUCCCCACUGUCGAAUCUAAAGCCUAUGAUUCUACUUGCAAACAAGCCAUUCGCUUCCAGACCAGGGGAUUUGCCCACUGCUUUUCCUAAGACCGAUAAUCCCGCAUCUAUUGAUUUAAUUGGGCUUGGACUGGACGAUAGCAUUGAAAGUGGAGAAGGCAAAGGGACUAAGAAAGAGUGUCUCGAGAAGGGGCUUUGA